UUGAAUCCGCAUUUAGUUGCCUUAGGUUAAACGGUUCACACGGUUCGAAAUGAAGGAUCAAGUAUUCAUCCCAUCGCUUUUACUCGCUCUUUGUAUCUGCGGAAUUGAAGCCGUUGUAUUGCCCAGGCUGCCGGAAAACAUACAGGAUUUUAAAUGUGAGGACGAGGAUAUAGGAUUCAAGUUCAACUUAACAGAUUUCGCCGGCGACUGGUAUGAGGCUCUGAGAUUGCCCAAUGUUCCGGGAAUGGAGUGCCUGAAUGUCUCGAUUCCCUCGGAAGUCAAGGACAAUAAUCUCACGCUGGAUUUGAGCUACGUCACCAUACUCAAUAGCAGCUGGACCCUCAGCAGGGAAGCCGUGACCUUUCCCUGGAACAACUCCACCCAGUACGGCAUCUUCCAUCCCGAUGCGAGUGAGGUCUCCUACAAGCUGGUGACCACCGACUACGUUUCCAUAGCCGUUGUCUGCGGCUACGGCAAACACUCCGUUAUCCCCAUCCUCAAGCUCUUCACUCGAGAUCGCGAGGUCAGCGAGGAGAUCGUCGACCUGAUCAACACCCAGGCCGAGCAAUAUGGUUAUAGCUCCCUGAUCUACUGGGAAAAGCAAUCCCUUGAGGAGUGCAGGGAACCCAGUGGCCAAGCUCCUUUGGCCGCUCUAGUGGGCUUAACCUUACUUUGUGGUUUAUCUAUUUGGGCGAGCUACUAGAAUGAUACUAUCAGAUACCCAUUACUCAGCUGGUGGACGUGAGAAAGGUGUAUCGAUAGAAAUUUAAAAAAAUAAAAUA